UUAAGAGCAACGUAUCAGUUCCAUGUCAGUAGAUUUAAGGUACUAGUCAAGGUCAUCAAACAGUAAUCAAACUCUAUUGCAAGUCAUCUCUGGGUAUAGAUGUAUCAUAGUUACAGUUGAUCACAUAAAAUAAAAAAUAAAUGGUGUACAUAAAAUAACAAUCUCUGAACACCCCAGCCGAGUUCCCAAACUCGAAAUUUCCCGCUGGAAUUUCUUUCCCCCUUUAUUUAACUAGGCAAGUCAGUCAAGAACAAAUUAUUAUUUACAAUGACAGCCUAGGAACAGUGGGUUAACUGCCUUGUUCAGGGGCAGAAAGACAGAUUAUUGUCAGCUCUGCGAUUUGAUCUAGCAAACUUUCAGUUACUGGCCCAACACCAUAACCACUAGGCUUCCUGCCGCCCCAAAUAUAAACAGGAUAAGGCCAUAGGCAUAAAAUUGACACACUGAGCCUCUCGUUUGGUCUGUAGAUGUGUCGACGGGCUAUAAAUGGUGGAGGCCUAUGUGAAAAUAAUAACUACAAAUAAUAAAAAAGGGGAAAUAAAAGUAGUCUAAAACGUCAGUAGGCCUAGGCUAGGCUAUAGGGCCUAUCCCUCUCUCAGCUAAAAGACAAUAAAUACACAUUAGAAGGCAAUUGGGCACAGUGGUUAUCUGGCUGGUGACUAUUGUUCAUUCGUGCGGUCGAGUGCUGCAUGGAAAGACCAGGUUAAGCUGCAGCUGACCCAGAACAGAGUGGCACGUCUUGCUCUUCAUUGUGAUCAGAGGGCUUGGCUAAGAGUUGAGGAGAAACUGACUGCAUCACUUCUUCUUUUUAUAAGAAACAUUAAAAUGUUGAAAAUCCCAAAUUGUUUCCAUAGUCAACAUACACACAGCUCUGACACACACACUUACCCCACCAGACAUGCCACCAGGGGUCUUUUCACAGUCCCCAAAUCCAGAACAAAUUCAAGAAAGCGUACAGUAUUAUAUACAGCCAACUCCGUUCCAUCUUAUAUUGCCCAAAUAAACAGCAAACAUGGUUUCAAAAAACAGAUAGAUAGUUUGUGUGUAUGUAUUGAUAUGUUGGCUACGUGUGCCUUUAAAAAAGAAAAUGUCCUUGAGCUGUUCUUGUCUAUUAAUGUCCUGUAUUUUGGCAUGUUUUGUGUGGACCCCAGUAAGAGUAGCUGCUGCUUUUGCAACAGCUAAUGGGGAUCCUAAUUAAAUACCCCCAAAAAUACCAUUGAUGUCAGGCUCGGGCUCCGAGCUCUUCACGACACCUUCCACAUCACUUAACUCGCCCUCAUUCACUUCAAUUUCACCUCCAGCACUAGGUCUGGCAUAGGGCUCACUCUGUUUGCGCUUGACACCAAACUUCUUCAACACACCUCUUUCCUCUUUCUGCCAUCUUCAACCGAUUCAGACUCAACUUGUGCCUCCCUAUUCCCCUUCAACCUUUUUUCCCUCUCUUUUUCACUCCAUUCCUCCUCCGAAAUCCAGUUAAACGACUCCUUGUGAAAAUAUUACACUUCUGCAUCAAUAUCUCUUUCUUGCUUCCUUGAGGAAUGCCAUCUCUACUGCCACUCAUUAUCAUGAUUGCAGAAUCGCUGAUUGGCCACAUCUAAAUAUAUUUUUUAUCUGGUAUAAUGGCUUUUGCAACAAUUGGAUGUGCCUUCCGCCACCUACUGUGCGGGUGGAUAAUAAAGAUCCCAAAAGAAAUAAAGCAUGUUAAAAAAUAUUCUUACAAACUAUCAGAAAGAAAGUAAAACUAAGCUAAAUAAAUGUGGUUUUCUGGUCAAAUCCAAAUUCUAAGCAGGUCUUUACAUGGGCUUAGAAGGAUCCUGUGAGGGUAGGACAUUUUCUGGUGACAGUAGUCCUUGCAGUGCUUCUGCAGUGAAGUCUUGGAGCCCCAAAAACCUUUUCGGCUGCAGAUACAAUGAUGUCCAGCUUCUUGGACUUCUUGGACACUUGUGCAAUACAAUUAAUAACUGUGGCUAUAAAUGCUACAAAAUCAACCUUCUUCACAAUGAGUGCAUCCGGAUCACUUGAUUGAUAGAAAACAUUUGCAACUGGUUGCAGUGCGUCAACCGCCAUAUCUUCUUCAGCUAUUGCUCCUUCAACUCUCUUCACCGUCUCCACAUAGGACAUCUGCAAUACAGCCCUGAUCCUUGACACCUGUCACCCUAACAGUGCACUUAAGUCCAGAGUAUGAUCCCCACCACAGUUGCAAUAUUUUCCAUUCACAGAUUCCUCAAUAACAAACUUCUCCCGUCUGCAAACAUAUGACUUGUGGCCAUAUCUUUCGCAAUUCCCACACUGUAGUGGUUUGGACAAAAAUGCUCUCACGGCAUACCUCACAUAUCCAAGCUUCACAUGUGCAGGUAGAGUCUCCUCAAACAACAACAGUAUCAAUAGACUUUUCUCCUUCUUUACAUUUACCAUGCAGGACAGGCAACGUGCUCUGACCACUUGUGGGAUUUUCUGAAUAAGGGACUCGUCAUCUACAGUACCAGUCAAACAUUUGGACACACGUACUCAUUCAAGGGUUUUUCUUUAUUUUUACUAUUUUCUACAUUGUAGAUAAUAGUGAAAACAUCAAAACUAUGAAAUAACACAUAUGGAAUCAUGUAGUAAAAUCAAAUCAAAUGUAUUUAUAUAGCCCUUCGUACAUCAGCUGAUAUCUCAAAGUGCUGUACAGAAACCCAGCUUAAAACCCCAAACAGCAAGCAAUGCAGGUGUAGAAGCACGGUGGCUAGGAAAAACUCCCUAGAAAGGCCAAAACCUAGGAAGAAACCUAGAGAGGAACCAGGUUAUGAGGGGUGGCCAGUCCUCUUCUGGCUGUGCCGGGUGGAGAUAAUAUUAGAACAUGGCCAAGAUGUUCAAAUGUUCAUAAAUGACCAGCAUGGUCAAAUAAUAAUAAUCACAGUAGUUGUCGAGGGUGCAGCAAGUCAGCACCUCAGGAGUAAAUGUCAGUUGGCUAGUAACCACAAAAGUGUUAAACAAAUCAAAACAUAUUUAUAUUUGAGAUUCUUCAAAGUAGCCACCCUUUGGUCUUGCUGACAGCUAUGCACACUCUUGACAUUCUCUCAAUUAACAGGUUUGCCUUGUUAAAAGUUAAUUUGUGGAAUUUCUUUCCUUAAUGCAUUUCAGCCAAUCAGUUGUGCUGUGACAAGGUAGGGGUUGUAUUCAGAAGAUAGCCCUAUUUGGUAAAAAAACAAAGUCCAUAUUAUGGAAAGAGCAGCUCAAAUAAGCAAAGAGAAAUGACAGUCCAUCAUUACUUUGACAUGAAGGUUAGUCAAUACGGAAAAUUUCAAGAACUUUGAACGUUUCUUCAAUUGCAGUUGUUAAAACCAUCAAGCCCUAUGAUGAAACUGGCUCUCAUGAGGACCGCCACAGGAAAGGAAGACCCAGAGUUACCUCUGCAGAGGAUAAGUUCAUUGGUUACCAGCUUCAGAAAUUGCAGCCCAAAUAAAUGCGUUCAAGAGUUCAAGUAACAGACACAUCUCAACAUCAACUGUUCAGAGGAGACUGCAUGAACCAGGACUUCAUGGUCGAAUUGCUGCAAAGAAACCACUACUAAUGGACUCCAAUAACAAGAAGAGACUUGCUUGGGCCAAGAAACACGAGCAAUGGACAUUAGACUGGUGGAAAUCUGUCCUUUGGUCUGAUGAGUCCAAAUGUGAGAUUUUUGUUUCCAACCGCCGUGUCUUUGUGAGACGCAGAGUAGGUGAAUGGAUGAUCUCAGCAUGUGUGGUUCCCACCGUGAAGCAUGGAAGAGGUGUGAUGGUGUAGGGGUGCUUUUCUGGUGACAAUGUAUGUGAUAUAUUUAGAAUUCAAGGCACACUUAACUAGCAUGGCUACCACAGAAUUCUGCAGCGAUAUGUCAUCCCAUCUGGUUUACGCUUAGUGGGACAAUCAUUUGUUUUUCAACAGGACAAUGACCCAACACACCUCCAGGCUGUGUAAGGGCUAUUUGACCAAGAAGGAGAGUGAUGUAGUGCUGCAUCAGCUGACUAAACCUCCACAAUCACCCGACCUCAACCCAAUUGAGAUGGUUUGGGAUUAGUUGGACCGCAGAGUGAAGGAAAAGCAGCCAACAAGUGCUCAGCAUAUACUGGAACUCCUUCAAAUCUGUUGGAGAAGCAUUCCAGAUGAAGCUGGUUGAGAGAAUGCCAAGCUACUUUGAAGAAUCUCAAAUGUUAAAUAUAUUUUGACUGGUACUGUAAAUCAUUCAAGACUCCAGAUAUACUAUAACUUCUUUGGCAGGUACCCUACCCCGAAGAUGCAGGUAACUUCCAACGUGGGCAGUUUUGCCAGACCAGUGCUCCCUUCUUCUGUUCUUCAUUUGCACAAUUAACCAAAACAAGAUCUCUUCUAGUCACCUUGAUUGAAUCAACCUUUCCCACUGCUCUCUUCACAGUCCUCGAUAGUACAAAUUGAUCUCCCAAAUGAACCUCCUUGUCCAAAAAACGCACUCCAACAAGAAAUGCAUUAUUGGACCAAUCUGUGUCUUCCACUAUAACUUUUGUUUGUUUUGUUCCAUUCUUUGAUUUCACCAUUUUCCAUUCACUGUCACAAACUUCACUUUCCGCACUUUCAGAUUGAAGCAACAUUUCUUGUUCCGCCGCCAUCUUGCUCACUGUGACUCAUACAAACCCCUACUGACCAUCUCAAUAUUCCAAAGUGCCCUUUCUUAUGUCCUUAAUCCUUCCUGUACUAAUGUAGAGAAUUAUUAAUCACAUAUAGUAAUUCAAAUAAAAUCCACCAAAUAACCUAUAUGCACCUUCCUUAACUAUUCAUUACAUAAUAGCCUACUGAAAUAUGCAUGUCCUUACAGUUAUAUAUUGAUAGCUUUUUGGCACGUUACAAGGUACGCAAACAAGAAUGAUUAUAUAUCCUCCUGAUAAUGUGCAGUCUGUAGUAGGGUGUCCCUUGGGGGUAUCCGUACCUAUGUAUGACAUGCGAGGGUUAGGUUAGCAAACAUGCUGGAGCUAGAACCUCGUUGUCGUGCGUCCUUAUUUUAGAUAAUACUACAUGGUGUCAGAAGUUGUCAGAAGUGGUUUUAAAAUUCACAUAAACGUGAAGGACGUACCAAGUAAAUCAUACAUUCAGUCUGUUUCAAAGCAGGGAGGGCACGUUGUUGGAGAUAAAACAGCGCAUUUCAUUAUUAUCCUAGCUAACGAGCAAGGACUACUGCUAAGCAACAUGUUGCAAGAGGAAGAAGCUGGCGGGAUUUCAGGGUUUGCGACUCCAAGUUCAACGGGCUCUGGCGCAAACACGGACAGGCCAGUGGCUAGUGCUGACGGAUUUCGCAUUAGUCCCCCGGAGAAUUUUGAUUGUAUGGACAUUCAAAACUGGCCAAAAAGGAUCAGGCGCUUUGAAAGGUACAGGGUAGCAUCAGGCUUAAACGUGAAAAAUUAAGCAUUUCAAGUUAAUACACUGAUCUACUCUAUGGGUGAUGAAGCCGAGGAUAUAUUAAAUGCUUCAACGUUGACUGAGGAAGAGAAAUUUAACUACAGUGCCGUUAAAGACUGUUUUGAAACGCAUUUUGUAGGAAGACACAACAUUUGAGAGUGUUAGGUUUAACAUGCGCAAACAGGAGCAGGGUGAAACCACCGACAGUUUUAUCAGAGCUGUUCACAAACUAGCAGAACAUUGUCCGUUUGGCGCGCUCAGGGAAGAGCUGAUCCGAGAUCGGGUUGUAGUGGGAAUAAGAAAUAUAUCACUUUCUGAAAAGUUACAGCUGGAUUCCCAGCUUACUUUGUCCAAAGCUGUAAACCAGGUUAGGCAGAGUGAGACAGUAAAAAGACAGCAGAUGAUGCUGCGCGACAGCAGCUCCUUGCAGAGCGAAGAGAGGGAGGAAAUAAAUGCAUUUUCAUACGCUAAAAACAGAGGGGAACAUAGAACAGAGACAGACGUGGAGAAAACAAUCACAGACAGCACCAGUAGCUAUUUCUAGUGUUUGUCGCAAAUGUGGGAAAUCCCCUUAACACAUUUGGAAGGAUUGCCCAGCAAAGGAUGCAGGAAAUGUCACAGGAGAGGACACUUUUCAGCUGUCUGUCGAUUAAAGCAAAUGCAUGAGGUCUCAGAGGAGGUACAGCAGGACAGCAUCUUUCUGGGAGAAGUAAGGGAAAACAAGCCUGGCAUUCAGACAUUAAACUCAAUGGGGAGGUUGUGUCAUUUAAACUAUACACUGGGGCAGUAGUGACAGCUAUCCCAACUAGGCUGUGUAGCUAUAGCGGAGAUGGCCCUUUUACCAGUGGUAGGGCAGUUGGUGAUUAGACUGGAGAGUAAAGACAAAAGUGCCAUGCAGCCUGUCUUCGUCAUUGACUCUCUAGCCAGACCGUUGCUGGGGCUGCCAGCAAUUGAAGCAUUGCAACUCAUUGAGAGAGUGAGCGAACUGGAGGACCCAGGUGAGGUUUUCAAAAAUAAAUUCCCACAAGUGUUUUCUGGUCUAGGAAGGAUAGAAGGUGACUACAAAAUCCGCCUGAAAGAGGAUGCUGGUCUGAGUACUCAGAUUGCCAAAUUGGUGGCCCAGUGUGAGGUCUGUACAAAAUGUCAACCUUGUCAUCCGGAGCCAAUGAUGACAACGGAGCUGCCAAAACGGCCAUGGCAAAAGGUAGGCGCAGAUAUGUUCUAUUGGAAAAAUGACACUUAUCUGCUAGUGGUAGAUUACUAUUCAAGAUACAUUGAAAUAGCAAAGACACCCAUAACCACAUCAGCUCGUGUUAUCAAUGGAUUAAAGUCAACAUUUUUUCCAGGGAAGGGGUUGCUGAGGUCCUGGUUACAGAUAACGCUCCCAAGUUCUCUGCAAGCUCCUUUUCUGUUUAUGCCGCAGAAUAUGACUUGACACAUGUGACCAGUAGCCCCUACCAUGCACAGAGUAAUGGUGAGGCAGAGAUAGCUGUGAAAACAGUCAAGGGACUGCUGAAAAAGAACAAGAAUUCAUACAGGGCUCUGUUAGCUUACAGAGUUACACCAUGGGCCGUCGCCUGCCGAGCUCCUGAUGGGCAGGAGGCUGCGUUCCCCAUUGCCUGUCUCGCCGGCUCAGCUUAAACCCUGAUGGCCUAACAGGAAGGCCUUCACUGAGAGGGACAAACGGCUGAAACAAACACAAACUGGAGACUUUAAUCGGAGACACCAUGCUACGGUGAGGCCAGAGCUGACCUAAGGUCAACGUGUGUGGAUUACAAACUCAAAGACACCAGCAAUAGUGCGGAGGAAAGCGGAUGCCCCACGCUCCUACGUGGUGGACACAGGCUCAGAAGAGCUACGAAGGAACAAAACACACCUCAGAGCUCUUCCAGCUCUACCAGCCACACAGACUGAGGCCACAGAAAAUGCACAAAAAGAGGGUGAAGGAAAGAGAAUGCUCACAGAGCCACAAGCGCGCCCAAAAAGGGAUGUGAAGCCACCAGAGUGGCCGAAAGACUAUGUUACGUGAAGAGAAAACAUACUGUUGGGGACCAUACCCAGCAAAAAGAGACUGUACCUAAGUUAAUGUUCAUACUGUGUGAUUUAAUGCUUUCAUACUGUUUCAGGAUGGGAAGUAGCAUGUUAGAGAAUAAUACUGGUUUCCAAAUUGCAUUUCAGUUAUGCUUCAGUGGUUAUGUAUGUUGAGUUCUUGUUCAUGGGAGAGGGGAAGAUGUAGUAGGAUGUCCCGAGGGGGUAUCCGUACCUAUGUAUGACAUGCGAAGGUUAGGUUAGCAAACAUGCUGGAGCUAGAACCUCGUUGUCGUGCGUCCUUAUUUUAGAUAAUACUACAGUCAACACUGCACUAGGACUGUUGUCCAAAACGGGUGUUAGUUGCAGAAGUAAUAAAUAAAGAAUACAAGUUGGAUUGGGAGAACGUGAUGAAAGAUGUGAUAAACAGAUAAUUGCAAGAGAGAACAAUGUCCAUGUCAAUCAAGCAUAUUUGUAACAAAGUCAAAGUUCACUGCCUGCCAUAAACAGCCGGUGGACACGUAUACACACUCCCUGAAAACGUUUCACAUUACAGGGUCAGGAACAUAGUUUGUUCAUGUAGACUCGAGCUGCUCUCUGGUAGAUUUAACAGCAAGACCCUAUUGACAUUGCCUGUGAUUUUGAGCAGUAGGCCUCUCUACCAACCAGAGGACCCAAAAUUCCAGGAGGACACAAAAGUACGAAAAUAUGCCUCCAAGUUUGACAGCUGCGCUGCAAGAGUGGGAAAGUCUAGAGAAAGAGUAUCAUCAGACUCAGGAGAGCCACCGGCUAUACUUGCAGAAACUAGAUGAAGUUUCCAAGCUGCAGAGUAAUUGCUCUUUGUCUAUCGCCCGCCAGCGGAGUAGACUGAAGGACAUGUCUCAGUUAAUGAAGAAAUGCAAUAAGGAGAGACUGACAGAGGAGGAUGUAAAAACCUUGGAUGAAAUCAAGGAGCACAUCAAGGCAAGACCCAACACUUUCUUUGAAAUGGAGGCUUUCCUUCCAAAGAAAAAUGGGCUGUAUCUCAAUCUUGUUCUGGGCAAUGUAAGUGUGACUCUUCUGAGCAAACAGUCAAAAUUUGCCUACAAAGAUGAAUAUGAGAAAUUCAAGCUGUACCUCACAGUUAUACUGAUCCUAUUCGCCUUCAUGUGUUAUUUCUUUGUGAGCUACAGAUUUGUUGACGCAAUCCUCAAUUUCUUGCUGGUGUGGUACUACUGCACCCUCACCGUACGGGAGAGCAUCCUCAUCAGCAACGGGUCCAGGAUCAAAGGCUGGUGGGUUUUCCACCAUUACGUCUCAGCCUUUCUGUCUGGAGUCAUGCUGACAUGGCCUGAUGGAUACCUGUACCAGAAUUUCAGGAACCAAUUCCUCGCCUUCUCUUUGUAUCAAAGCAUGGUUCACUGUAUGCAGUACUACUAUCAGAGCGGCUGUCUGUACAGACUAAGAACCCUGGGAGAAAGACACAACAUGGACCUGACUGUGGAAGGAUUUCAGUCCUGGAUGUGGCAAGGGCUGACAUUUCUUCUGCCCUUCCUGUUUUUUGGUCAUUUUUGGCAACUCUACAACGGGCUCUCUCUGUUCAGGAUGGCUCGGCUCCCAGACUGUAAAGAGUGGCAGGUCUCAAUGUGUGGAAUCUCUUUCCUCAUUCUGUUCAUGGGCAACUUCCUCACUACUGUUGCAGUAGUCCGCACCAAGCUCAAGAGCAAGGACCAGGCAAAACCCAAGGGUCAGUGAGAUGAAGAGGAUACACAGAAACUGCAUCCACUGGUUCAUCCCAUAGGAGCAUCUCCGGAACAUUUCUAUAAUCAUGGCUCAUUUACUAGUGAUAGACGAUCAUGGGCAGUAUUCAAUGAUCCUCUACUUUGGUUGCUUUGGGGUUGCUACUGUUUGUGAAUUGGUUAAAUAUGAAGAUAGUUUCUGCUCAAUAUACUAAUUGCACAGCAUUUCAGCAUGUUUAUGGUGUGAUUUAGACAUUUUAGGAAAAUUACUACUAAAUAAAAAGGAUAGCAGAAUAGUCACAGUGUGAUUGUGCAAUAACAUGGCCUCUUAUUUCUAAAAUAAUAAAUUAUAUACUGUGGACCUAUCUCAUA